GCAGGCAGGAGGCAGUGCUGUUGUCCUUGCAGUGUGUGUCAGUUCGCCAGAGAGAACACCGUACAGCAUAGCUAGUUACAUUUAGCAGAUCCACAGAAUUGAUAUAUGUAGACUGACGCAUAGGCUACGUUGAGAAGGCACCGGUUCCUUCCUGAAUCAGACAACGGGGACCAACCAUGGACCUAUUCGAGUUUGACUUCUUUAGGGACUGGGAACUGGAGCAACAGUGUCAUUAUGAACAGGACCGCAAUGCGCUCAAGAAGAGGGAGUGGGAGCGGCGGACUCAGGAGGUGCAGCAGGACGAAGAUCUCUUCUCCUCUGGGUUUAAUCUCUUUGGGGAGCCAUACAAGACAGAAGCGCCCAGUCUAUCCACUUUGGGGGGGACCAACAACCUAAACAAGACAAACAAAGGUGACGCCCUGGCCAACCGGGUGCAGAACACUCUGGGGAACUACGAUGAGAUGAAGGAGCUCCUGACCAGCCACUCUAACCAGAGCCACCUGGUGGGCAUCCCCAAGAACUUUGUUCCCCAGACCCCUGGCCCCAUGGAGAAGCAAGACCAGCCCAGCUUCUUAACCAAGGGAGGCCAGAGGGGGAGCAACAGGGUGGGCACAGGGAACCAUACAACCUCCAUGCCCCCUCCUCCUCCCUCCUCUUCUUCUCUGACCAGCUCCAGUCUGCUGCACGGCCAUCAGAGCUCCAAGAAGUCCUGGUCCUCCGACUGGUCCCGGGGAGCCCACUGCAGCACCCAGGGGGUGGGAGGUCAGGGGGUUGGGGGCCAGGGGGUCCAUGGGGUGGGGGGCCUGGGGGUCCAGGGGGUGGGGGGCCCAUCCUGCAGCAGGGGGAAACACUCCUUCACCCAUGAGCAGCAGCAGCAGCCCCAAAGACACGAGGAGCUGCUCAUCUCACAGGGCGAGGUAGUGGACCACAGGGGAGACUCCAGCAGCAGCCCCUCCUCCUCCUCCACCUCCACUCUCUCCAGGAGGCACGGGGGCGGGCAGCAGGCCCCUAAGGCCCCGUCAUCGGCCGAGCAUGGCAGCUACAAGGACAGCAACACUCAUGUUAAGUCUCCCCUGGAGCAGGAGCCGGGCUCCCACGGGGCCAGUUCCCCAGUGGCCUCUACCUCCCUGCUGCCCAGUGGCCUCUCCACACCCACCUUCCCGCAGGGUCUGCACGUCAAGCCCAGCGCCGUGCAGCAGCAAAAGCCUACGGCCUACGUGCGGCCAAUGGACGGCCAGGACCAGAUACCCCUGGACUCCCCGGAGCUCAAGCCUCCUCUGGAGGUGGCGGACGUGGGCUACAGCAACCCAGCUUUUGGCAGCACCAUCACCAGCUCCAAGAGCAAGCUGCCCAAGCUGACCCUGACACAGACUGGGGAGGUCGGCCUGUCCAGUGACUCCAGCUGUGUGGAGGAGAUUCUACGGGAGAUGACCCACUCCUGGCCUCCUCCCCUGACUGCCAUCCACACUCCAGGCAAGGCUGAGCAAACCCGGUUCCCUAUUCCCUCCAAGGAGUCACAACACAUACCCUCAGGAUGCGCUGGACUAAAGCGGUGCAAUGUUCCCGUUAACAAGCCUGCAACCAAGUCUGUGCCACAGAAGUCAAUGCUUGAGGAUGACCUGAAGAUCAGCAGUGACGAGGAAGAUACUGAACAGCAGGCAGCUGAGAAGCCCAAGCCCAGAAGUACACCUCUCAGCAUCCCUGUGGCCACGUCUCGGACCAGUGACCCGGGCCACUCUAGUGGCGCCUCGGCCAGCUCCAGUGAAUCAGAGAGCAGCUCUGAGUCGGAUUCAGACAGUGAGAGCAGCUCCAGUGACAGCGAGUGUAACGGGGCCUCCCGGACCGCCACCCCAGAGCCUGAACCUCCAUCAACAAACAAAUGGCAGCUGGAUAAGUGGCUGAACAAAGUGACCCCACACAAUAAAGCACUUAUCAGUACCCAGUCAGAGAGAGAGAGCCAUGGGCUCUGCAGCUCCCAGCCUGACCACAGCCAGCAGGCACCUGGGUGCCAGGACUUGGCCCCAGGAAAGAGCAAGCCUGGGCCCACCGUCCUGCUGGCCCAGACCGACGCCAAGGAACGGGCCCUCCUCAGCCCCAUCCGAGAGAAGGCCAAGCCCAAGACUGGACCAAAGGUCUCAGAGGGCAAGAGUUCAAAGUCCCCAGCAGCGGUGGUGGUGGAGCCGGCCCCAGCCAGACGCAGCAUUGGAAAGAAGCAGCCAAAGAAAGUGGAGCGCUCAUCCAGCCUGGAAGAACACAGCUCCUGGUCCAAGCCCAUCAACCCCUCCAUCAGCACUACCCUUAAGGAGAAGGAGCCUCCGCCUCUUCUGGAGCCGCCCAAGUCCAGGACCAAGGGCACCAGUGGGAAAGCUGCCCCUAGGAAGGAACCUCGCACCACCACUACCACGACAACUACUCCAGCUCAUCCUCCCCCAGCCCCAGUCCUGGACAAGAAGAAGCACAGGGGGCCCAGCAGGAUCCUCCCCAAGUCCAAGGAGUUCAUCGAGACUGAGUCUUCGUCGUCUGAGUGCCACUCUGAACCAGAGGAUCUGAUCAAGGUCCCUAACCCUCCCUGCCCAGGUCCCAGCAGCCUGCAGACUCUCAAAGCAGCCAAUAUCCUGAGUGUCAGUAGCCUUACCAGCACCUGCAGCACUUCCAUCUCUAUCCCAGACCCUGGUGUGGUUUCGGGCUUAUUGGAAGACCCCCUCUUGUCCCCUGUCCCCAUCGUCCAGAACGAACUGUUGUCCCCUCUCAGGGACUUUGAGGACAUCAAGUCACUGUGGGUGAAGAUCGAGCUGAGCUUCCUGUCUAGAAUCCCAGGACAGGACCCCCCUGAGCCCCCUCCUGUGAAGGUUGAGCCCCAGGAACACUGGGAACCCAGCACCAAGCACAGACACCAGUCCCCCGCCAGUCAACAGUCUACCCCUGUUGAGAAACCCCCUAGCAAGGCCAAGAGGAAACACAAGUCGGACCAUUGUAACGCUGUCGGCGGGAGCAAGAAGUUACGGUUGGAGAAAGACUCCAUGCUUCUUCCCCCAUGCAUCUCACCCAUUCACAACCACAAGAACAUUAGCACAAAAGACUCUCUGAGGAAACAGCCCAGGAAGAGAGAGCUGCUGCCUCCCCUACUGUCUCCACUCUCUGACGAGCCUCCCACCCGCCAGCGCAGGACCAGCGAGUGUUCCUCCUUCAGCCAGGAGGGCGGCGCUAGCGGCGCCUUAUUACUACCCACCCUCAGCUGCUCUCUGCCCCCCUUCUCCUCCUCCUCAUCCUCCUCUUCCUCACACAAGCACCACAGCAAAGGAGAGAGCAAAUUCUUCUCACAUUCCAAGACAAGCAGUGAGGAAGAUACCCACAGCAAACCAUCUGUCAGUUUCCAUGGUAACGGUCAGUCUGAUUCCGACCUUUGGUCCAACCCCUCAUCUCUGUCCAUGGACCACAUGGAGCCAAGAAGACCGAAGCUAACGUUCAAUAACAAAGUUCACACUGCAGACUACUACAUGCAGGAAGCCAAGAAACUGAAGCACAAAGCAGAUGCACUGAUGGAGAAGUAUGGCAAAGCUGUUAACUACGCUGAUGGGGCGCUGUCGUUCAUAGAAUGUGGCAACGCCAUGGAACGGGACCCACUGGAGGCCAAGUCUCCAUACACUAUGUACUCUGAGACAGUUGAACUCAUCAGAUAUGCCAUGAGGUUAAAGAACUUUACAAGUCACUCAGCAACAGUAGCCGAGAAGAAAUUAGCUGUAUUGUGCAAUCGCUGUUUAUCCCUCCUGUACUUGAGAAUGUUCAAACUAAAGAAGGACCAUGCAGUAAAGUAUUCCCGUUCCCUGAUGGAGUAUUUCAAGAACUCGGCUAAAAGUUCCCAAGUACCUUCGCCAUGGGGAGCCAAUGGAAAGAACACAGGCACCCCAUCGCCCCUGUCUCUGAGUCUCUCCCCAGUCAGUUGGGGCAGCAGCAGUACGGGCACUGCGGGCUCCGGGGCCUCCGGCAACGUGGCCAUCCCCCAGCGCAUUCACCAGAUGGCCGCCAGCCACGUCAACAUUACCAACAACAUUCUCCGGAGCUACGAGCACUGGGACACAGCAGAAAAGUUGGCCACAGAGAGCCAAGAGUUCUUUCAGGAGCUGGACUCAAUGAUGGAACCGUUGAGCCAACACAGCAGCAUGAUAGAACUUGUGCGCUACAUACGUCAAGGACUGCACUGGCUACGGAUAGAGGCCCACUUGUUAUAGUGCUGCGGGAACUGGAACUAAACUGUCUGCCACUCUGUCUGUCUGUCUCACACCUCCAUCACUACCUCUACCAGCCAGCAACACCCACCAUCCCCCAGUCUCCAGCCAUCUGAUAACACCCCAAUGGACCCCCACCUCACUGUCAGCCAGCAAGUCCCGCCCCAUGUCCCCUCUCUGAGGUCAGAGGUCAUCAUUUGCUCUACUACACAGUCUGUCUCUCUGCUCCCUCUGUACAAGGUUGACAUGUCCAAUGGAUGUGGGGGGGAAAAAGUGAGGUCCCACUAUCCAAGCCCCAAAGCGAAUGAGAGGGAAGUCCCACCUAAGACCUGUGGAGUGUCUCCAAAGCGUGCCACUAGAGGAGAAGGAUCUGUGCUGGUUUUCUGCCCGACAGAGGCCCGUGAUUUCCCUGUUGUUUGUUUUGAUCAGACCACCCCUGAGGGCCUCUUAGAACACUGGGAGCGUUGUUCAGUUCAAACCUCCAUUCCAACAGGAAUAUGGAUCAGGAAUUUAUAAGUGCUUUCAACUCUUCACAUGUUUAGUUUUUGUCAAUGCCUUGAUGAACUGACUGACAGAAGCCAGUUGAAUAAGUGUCUCUCUCUACUACUAUCUGACCAUUGAUUUAUGGUCCUCAAGACCUCCGUCUCAUGUCAGAUAAUACAUACAGCAACAGUUAGCCUACCCUUUAGUACCAUUGGAACAACAAAUCAUUCAAAAUGAUUCGAUUACUUGUUGCUUAUUGGAAAUGAACAAUGAAUAAUCAAAUUAAAUCUGCCACCACAAGCAAUUUCUCUGGUUUUGAGGGAUUUGCAUAAUAACAUUGUGUCUUCUACAGCAGAUGAGGAUUGUGUCUUUCAGCCCCAGAGGUUGGUGGUGUCUUUGUGUUUGUUUGGUUAGCUACAAAAUAAGAGGCCGGAUUUAUUCCAAACCAGCACACAUUUUCCAUGGGUCUAAGGCAAUGAAGUGUUACACCACCUGAGACUGUGUUCAAAGGUCUAAUGCAGCCAUUGUUAUCGCAAUAUCAAAUCAUUUCUAGAUAGCAAUGAAGCACUUUAAUGUUAUUGUUUUCAAUUAAAAUGGUCAAAAAUAAAUUAAAAUAGCUCCUUAGCAAAUAGUAAUUUCUCUUUCUUAUUGGUCUAUUAACUAAUUUACCAUCUGGUGAUCUCACCAUGGAAGGCCAAAACUCCAUCCCACCAAAAACAGGCUGAAAGGGCAUUAUUAUAAUUCUUACAUUUUCAAAGUAUUUUUCCAACCUCAUAGUGUGGAAAUAUAUAUAAAACACCAGAAAAUCACAUUUUGACUGCACUGGGCCUUUAAACAAAUAUGAAUCAUCCAUUCACUGUUAUAACACCACCACAAACAGUAAACACCAGAAUGAGUCCAUUAGCACUUCAGAAGAUAUGUACAUGAUCUUUUCAUUGUCUAUGAUGACUGCUGUAUAUCACAAUGUUGGUUCAGUUGUCCACAGAGAGGUGUAGACUGUUGAAGAAUAAUCCAUAGGAACACUUCUUAUGUGUUCUGUGCAUAGUUGUACAUUUGUAUAUUUAAACGUGGCUUGAUGGAGAUACACCGUCUGUAUGAGAUACAGGCAGUUGUCCUAAGGAGGAAAUAUGAUGCUUGUUUUGUUUUUGGUCUUUAUGUCGAUGUGAUGUGAGAGAAUGAACUGUAGGGAAGUGUGUGUGUUGCACUGUGCAGAGAUGAUUUUGGGGAUGGAUUCUCUAUUGCUGGGUGUCCGUGCCUCUCUCUCUCUCUCUCUCUCUCUCUCUAGCCCAGCCCAUACAGUUUAUUGGAGUAGACCAUAUCUCUAAUGUUAAAUGUGUAUGAGAGACAAUGAGGAUGUGUGUGAAGUAUGAUUUUCACUAUGAUAAAACAAAGUGCCUCCGUAUUCAGUGGAAAUGAUUAAGAGUCUAUAUUUAAGAACAAGAAUGAAUCUAAAGGGUUUUUCCAUACCAUGUUGGUAUAUUAGAUUUUUUCAUAAAACCACAAUUUAUUCAUGUACUUUUUACUGGCAAUUAUGAUAACAGGUUUGGCUUUAAAAUUGCAAAUGUGUGACUUACAUGUAUCAAAUUUCUAACUCCGGUACUGUUUUGAGGAUAGUGAAUGGGAUUUUCAGAAACGCUUAAACAUGAAAAUGCUUAACGUGACUUACUGUAAUUACCUAUAAUCAAUAGGUUAACACGUCAAGCCAUUUACAGCAAUAGCUGGAUGAUAGCACUAAUUGUGUUCAUUAUCUUGUUACUAAGAACUGAGAAAUGCUCUUAAUUCACAUUCAGUGUUUCUGACAUUUAGAAGUAAGAAUGGUGAUCCUAUAAGGAGGAAUUUGUAUCUAUCGAUUUUAGGUCAUUAAGCUAAUUAAGCGUUUUGGAAUUUCCUAAGAAAAGACUGAACAAAUUACAGACAAAACAAUACGUUAAACUGGAUUUUAAAAAUCACUUAAUGUUGAUCCAUUAACUGUCUCAUUUAGGGUUCAUGUCAUUCAGUGUUGUUUUAUGGAUCAGUGCAGUAGCCUACAUGCAUAACUGUGCUCAGUCAAUUCCAAAUCUAUUUUAAAGAUGUAGGAUACCACACCAUGUGGUAAUAGCAAUAUUUACACCAGUCCUACUGUAACGAAAUGGAUAGAAAAAUCUGAAAGACAGCCUAACAACUUAACUUCUUUGUACAGUAUCUGAAGGUCAUUUUUCAUUUAGCCUUUUGUGACAACUGAUCUCAUAACUACCAGUCAGAGUUGAGGAAAAUUAAGUGUGUGCAUUAUUUUUUUAUGCAAAUGAUCACAUUUUCUUCCCCAGUCCAAAGUAGCCAACUGUCUUUGCCUUUAUGAGGAAAGCAGUUUGUACAUUUCCAGUGGUUUUUCCCAGCUGUUCCUGUUGGUGCUAGAGACAGGCCAUUCUGUCAGGGAAAUCUGGGCCUUUGGCAGCUAGUCAACAGCACAAAGUAGCACUGGUAUCCUGUUCCCUCUCUCUCUCUCUCUCUCUCCCAGUCUCUCUUUCUCUCUCUCAGUCUCUCUCUCUCUCUCUCUCUCUCUCCCUCUCUCCCUCCCUCUCUCCCGCUCUCUCUCUCACCUUCUCUUUCCCUUUCUCGCUCACUCUCUCUCCCUCUCUUUCUCUCCCUCUCUUUCUCUCUCUCUCUCACUCACUCUCUCUCCCUCUCUUUCUCUCUCUCUCUCACUCACUCUCUCUCUUUCUCUAUCCCCCACUCUCCCCUCUCUCUCUAAUCCAUCGUCUGAUAUAAACAACCAGCUCCAAACUAAGUCCCUGUCUGGCACUGACGAGGAGCAGCUAAUGUCUUCUAUUCAUUCCACAAUGAGGAAAGGCUGAAUUAAAUUGGCUUAUAUCCACCGGAGAGAACAUGAUCCAUUUUUGUUUCAAAUAUACGGUUUUAUGUCUAAAACAUGGAAAUUGUGAAACGUUGAAUGAGGUGCCAUCUGGACUGGCAGUGUUACCAAGCCAAUGUAUGGUGUGACCUAGUCCUCAGCUUGGUAAAACCAGGUGGUGAUGAUGACAUAUCAGGAAGGAAUUACUCAUUAAAUGAGUCCCUAAUUGGCUUGAUAAUAUAUUGCUGCUACAAAUGUUGAUAUUUCAUAGAUAGAUUUUAUGAAUACAGGAAUUUUCAUUUUAAAAUGAAUACCUCUAGAGAAAUGUUAUUGAAAAUAGCCCACAAAUCUUUUAAGCAUUGCAGAGUAAACACAAAGAUGUAUCCUAGCUAUAGUAGAUGUAUUAUGGCGUUCUGCUCACCUUGCUGUCUUCUCAGUUCAAAGCCUGAACAGUAUUUGUCCCUAUCAGGCACUACUUAAGAGCAGGAUCAAUAAGACUUACAGUGUUCAUGUUCAGAGAAUGUUUUCCUCCGUUCGCUUUAUUUCAUUCCAAUGCUCAUCCAAUCAAGUUCAUCUAAGGUAGAGACUAUGGUGAGAGGGGGUGUCGGCAAGGCGGGCGUCAAAACCAACAAUUUAUGCUAUCAAACACUCCUUAUCAAUUUACACCUAGAAGAAAUCGGACAUUCUGCCAACACAAUUGGUUUGUGUUACAAAUUGUUGUGUAUUUAUCAUGUUCUUAUUAAUCAUAAUGUAUUAUUUUUGAAAAGCUGCUUUUUUUCUGGAGUGAGUGAGGACAACAUGAAGCCUAAUAGCUGGACUGAAGUCUGCCACUUUGGUCUGGUCAUCUCUUGUUCCAUUGUACCACUCCACCAGGAAAGACGAUCUCCAAUAAACACUGUCCCAGCUGGAAGCAUCGCUCUGCAAGUGAAGCACUGCAAAUACCACUUAGUUAAACACGAAGCACCACAACAUGUUGGUCAAUUAACAACUGUGUGACUCAAUGCUCAUUCAUAUUUCGUGGAUAUUGUGUCAUGUUUAAUAUGACUGAUACUGGGCCCUCAUGACACAUAACCAUAUCAAAUACCUAUCAACCGUUCAUCAUAAACUACGACAAUACGUCAUAGAUUGGACAUCUGAAAUGUUAUUCCCAUUAGCUGAUUAAUUUAGUAUAAUUUGUUUGUAAUCUAAACAGCUUGUGUCUGUGACUGCAGACCAUUGGCAGACACUUGGUGUCAUUAAGAGUAGCGCAGGUUGACCUUCGGGUCACCACACGUUGUUGUUAUGCAAAUUGAGGUCAACAGGUGGUAGCUUUCAUUCAACUAUAUGUUCAAACGUUCCUUCAGCUUAUUGGCGUCUUAAAGCAGUGUAGCAGACGUGUGUUAGGGGACAUGAAGAACAGUUAUCCAUAGAUCCUCUUGUUGUUUAUAUCUGUACAGAAUGACAAGGUGCGUUCUGGUUUAUGUCCUACGGUGUAAAGGAUUGGACCACAUGUUCCAUACAAUAUAUAUUGUUGUUGACUGCCCACAGCUGACAAGAAUACAUUGGAAAUCCAUUGUUUUGACAUGAGUUUAUUGCAGACCUGUGACAUCUCACCGCCCCUUAAGCUUUGAUCUUUUGGGUAGUCUGUCCUAUGUGACCUUGGCUUCAGUCAUUCCAAUGUCACCUGGAGUGGCAUUUCUCUGUAUCAUCCACCACUCCCUUUUGUAAAAGAGAGACAAUGAGAUUAUAUAAACUAAUGUACAGCUUCAGUCAACAACAGUUGAAAAGGUUUGUUACAGAAAGAAGGCAUUUACUUAUCAUGGCUGUGCUUCCUACUUCAUGAAAUAGAUGAACUACAAUUUACAGACAUUUAUUUACCAAAUGGGAUAAACAUUUGAAGGAAAAUCAUGUGUUUUUGAUACAAUUAUAUUUCUGAAAGUAUUAUUAAAAGUCUAAUGUUAUUAUGUUGCAAUUGGCUAAAUUUAUUGUGAAAAGUAGAGCGAUUUCCCAAAGAUCAGAUCCCUAUGUUCAAGCCUUAGAGAUAAAAUUGCUCAAUAACGUUAACCAACAUUUUUUUUCAGAUAUGGAACAAUCACUGUCAGUUCUGGCAACAUUUCAGUCAGAUCCAUUUUAACUGUGGAAUGCAGCAUUGUUACAUUAAUAUAAACUUACAGUGUGACAAUAGAAAUGAAUUUGCAAAACAGUUAGCAAUGCUGAUAGCCAUACAUUAGCUUAAUGACAUACUGUUCCUCGAGGCUCAAACUUUAUAAAUGCUUAAACGCUACCUAUUCCCUAAACGAUGUAGCCUACAAUGUUGGUCAGACGUCAGGGAAGAACAAGGUUACCAUUCCAAGUAAAUCGCCUUUUCUCUCACUGACGUUAUGCCGAUAGUUUAAAGAUGGACAAUGUUGGAAACAGAAAAUGCAAGACAGAAGAUGUUUUAUUUCAGGCAUGCUGUAGUUUUUAGUUUGUUAAUUUUUGUACAGAGCAGGGUAACUGUUAUGCUAUGGAUUUAUGAACGUAUAGUAGUAUGGACUCAUUAAAAAUGGGUUAUGUAUCAAAGAAACUUCCUGCCUGGUUACCUUUGUAUUUAACAUGUGUUGCACAAGUUCCGCCAUUUGGUAUUAUUAUUUCAGCCUAUUGUAUGGUUAUUUUAUAAUACAAUUGUUAUAUGUAAUGAUCAAAAACUGAAAUGAUAGUUAUGUUGUUUUUAAAUGUUUAAUGUUUCUGUAAAAAAAAUUGGAAUUAAAAAUGGUAUGAACCG